GCAUAUUUUGAAAACGAUAAUUCUGGGCCAGAUGCUCUCCUUGUUUAUCUGUGGGACUGCUGUUACAAGCCAGUACCUAGCAGAACAAUACCAAGUGAAUACUCCGAUGUUUCAAAGUUUUAUCAACUAUUCUUUGCUUCUUCUAGUUUAUACAACAAUGCUGGCGUUUAGGACUGGAAGUGACAGUCUUUGGCAAAUUUUGAAACAGAGAUGGUGGAAGUAUGUUUUUUUGGGACUGGCUGAUGUUGAAGCCAAUUAUAUGAUUGUAAAAGCCUACCAAUACACAACCCUCACAAGUGUGCAGCUGCUGGACUGUUUUGGGAUUCCUGUGCUGAUGGCUUUGUCAUGGUUCGUUCUCCGUGCAAGAUACAGACUGAUCCAUUUUCUCGCUGUUGCCAUCUGUUUGCUGGGUGUAGGAACAAUGGUGGGUGCAGACAUUCUGGCAGGCAGGCAGGACAGUGAAGGUAGUGACGUGGUGAUUGGAGAUGUCUUAGUGCUUCUUGGUGCUUCUUUGUAUGCCAUUUCUAAUGUGAGUGAGGAAUACAUUGUGAAAAAUCUGAGCAGAGUGGAGUUUCUAGGAAUGGUGGGCUUGUUUGGGACUAUUAUCAGCGGUCUACAGCUAGCCAUUGUGGAACACAAGGAGAUAAUGAGAAUCCCAUGGAACUGGAAAAUUGUAUUACUGUUUCUAGUCUUCGCCCUGUGCAUGUUCGGGCUGUACAGCUUCAUGCCAGUAGUGAUUAAAGUUACCAGCGCAACCUCAGUCAACCUGGGUAUUCUUACUGCAGAUCUCUACAGUCUGUUCUUCGGGCUUUUCCUCUUUUUCUAUAAGUUUUCAGGUCUUUAUAUCCUGUCCUUUGUUAUCAUCAUGGUGGGAUUCAUCUUAUAUUGCUCCACUCCAACUCGGACAGCAGAACCCACUGCCUUGCCACAGCCCAGCAGCACUGGCUUGGACAAUGCUGCACUAAAGCUCGAGGAGAAUGACAGCGAAACUCCGGCCAUAACUGUACAGUUCACAACAGGAGAAACUGUGGUGGUCAGCACUGAUUAAAAAAAUGGCAGCGUUUCAGAAUGAAGCUUUUUUUUUUUUUUUUUACUGCAAAAUGUUAAUUUGGAGAGUUGUUCUACUGCCAAGGCAU